CCGAAGCUGGGUUUCCGGCGUCGCGCGUAGGCAUCGCGGGCGCAGUGCUCACUCUGUACCCGGGCUCGCGGGGCAGAGUGGCGGGAGCGCGCGCGCCCGCGGUCGUGCCCUCGCGCACAUUUGCGGUCUCCGUCACCCGCGCGGCGCCCCCAAGCCAGCCGUGUUCGGGCCUGAAGGCGCCGCUGUUCGGGCGCUGAGGUGGAGACAGUCAAGCCAACUUGGAGUAGAUUAUCCUCAUUUUGGAGGAGAGUCACAUCUUGGCCCCCAUUAGUUAGGUUCAGAUAAAACAAGGCAGCACCAAUUCUUCUGGAAGAAGGCUUUACACAGGACAUUUUUAAAGUCUUCCCCAAACUGCCCUCUCAGUACUUCUUGGUAUGCAGAGAUCCUAAGUUACAACUAUGGUUGAUCCAGAAAAUAUGGCCACUGCAAUUAGGGAGGUGGGAGUUUGGAGACAAACCAGAACACUUCUGCUGAAGAAUUAUCUAAUUAAAUGCAGGACAAAAAAAAGUAGUGUUCAGGAAAUACUUUUUCCACUAUUUUUUUUAUUUUGGUUAAUAUUAAUUAGCAUGAUGCAUCCAAAGAAGAAAUAUGAAGAAGUGCCUGAUAUAGAACUUAGCCCUAUGGACAAAUCUAUCCUCUCUGGCCUGAUUCUUGGCUAUGCUCCAGUGACUAAUAUUACAAGAAACAUCAUGCAAACAGUGUCUACUGAUCACCUUCCUGAUGCCAUAAUUACUGAAGAAUAUACAAAUGAAAACGAAUUGGUGGCAUCCAGUCUUUCUAAGUCCUAUAACUUUGUAGGUGUGGUUUUCAAAGAAUUCAUGUCCUAUGAACUCCGUUUCUUUCCUGACAUGAUUCCAGCAUCUUCUAUUUAUAUGGAUUCAAGAGCUGGCUGUUCAAAAUCAUGUGAGGCUGCUAAGUACUGGUCCUCAGGAUUUAUAGCUUUACAAGCAUCCAUAGAUGCUGCCAUUAUACAGUUGAAGACCAAUGUUUCUCUUUGGAAGGAGCUGGAGUCAACUAAAGCUAUUAUUAUGGGAGAAACUGCAGUUAUAGAAAUAGAUACCUUUCCUCGAGGAGUAAUUUUAAUAUACCUAGUUAUAGCAUUUUCACCAUUUGGAUAUUUCUUGGCAAUUCAUAUUGUAGCAGAAAAAGAGAAAAAGUUAAAGGAAUUUUUAAAGAUAAUAGGACUUCAUGACACUGCCUUUUGGCUUUCCUGGGUUCUUCUGUAUACAAGUUUGAUUUUUCUCAUGUCCCUUCUUAUGGCAGUCAUUGCAACAGCAUCUUCAUUAUUCCCUCAAAGUAGCUGCAUUGUGGUAUUUCUACUUUUUUUCCUGUAUGGAUUGUCUUCUGUAUUUUUUGCUUUAAUGCUGACACCUCUUUUUAAAAAAUCAAAACAUGUGGGAAUAGUUGAAUUUUUAGUCACUGUGGCUUUUGGAUUUGUUGGCCUUUUGAUAGUCCUCAUGGAAAGUUUUCCCAAAUCAUUAGUGUGGCUUUUCAGUCCCUUCUGUCAGUGUACUUUUUUGAUUGGUAUUGCACAGGUCAUGCAUUUGGAAGAUUUUAAUGAAGGUGCUUUAUUUUCUAAUUUGACUGAAGGCCCAUAUCCUCUAAUUAUUACUAUUAUCAUGCUAGCACUUAAUAGUAUAUUUUAUGUUCUCUUGGCUGUUUAUCUUGAUCAAGUCAUUCCAGGUGAAUUUGGCUUACGGCGAUCAUCUUUUUAUUUUCUGAAGCCAUCAUAUUGGUCAAAGAGCAAAAGGAAUUAUAAGGAGUUAUCAGAGGGCAAUGUUAAUGGGAAUAUUAGUUUUAGUGAAAUUGUUGAGCCUGUUUCUUCAGAAUUUCUAGGAAAGGAGGCCAUAAGAAUCAGUGGUGUUCAGAAGACAUACAGAAAGAAAGGUGAAGCUAUAGAGGCUUUGAGAAAUUUGUCAUUUGACAUAUACGAGGGUCAGAUUACUGCAUUACUUGGCCACAGUGGAACAGGAAAGAGUACAUUGAUGAAUAUUCUUUGUGGACUAUGCCCACCUUCUGAAGGAUUUGCAUCUAUAUAUGGACACAGAGUUUCAGAAAUAGAUGAAAUGUUUGAAGCAAGAAAAAUGAUUGGCAUUUGUCCACAGUUAGAUAUACACUUCGAUGUUUUGACAGUAGAAGAAAAUUUAUCAAUUUUGGCCUCAAUCAAAGGAAUACCAGCCAACAAUAUAAUACAAGAAGUACAGAAAGUUUUGCUGGAUUUAGACAUGCAGGCCAUCAAAGAUAACCAAGCUAAAAAGUUAAGUGGUGGUCAAAAAAGAAAACUGUCUUUAGGAAUUGCUGUUCUUGGCAAUCCUAAGAUACUAUUGCUAGAUGAACCAACAGCUGGAAUGGACCCCUGUUCUCGUCAUAUUGUUUGGAAUCUUCUAAAAUUCAGAAAAUCCAAUCGAGUGACAGUGAUUAGUACUCAUUUCAUGGAUGAAGCUGACAUCCUUGCUGAUAGGAAAGCUGUCAUAUCACAAGGAAUGUUGAAAUGUGUUGGGUCAUCAAUUUUUCUCAAAAGUAAAUGGGGAAUUGGCUACCGCCUGAGUAUGUACAUAGACAGAUAUUGUGCCACAGAAUCUCUUUCUUCACUGGUUAAACAACAUAUUCCUGGAGCUACUUUAUUACAACAGAAUGACCAACAACUUGUGUAUAGCUUGCCUUUCAAGGACAUGAACAAAUUUUCAGGCUUGUUUUCUGCUCUAGACACUCAUUCUAAUUUGGGUGUUAUUUCUUAUGGUGUUUCCAUGACGACUUUGGAAGAUGUAUUCUUAAAGCUAGAAGUUGAAGCAGAACUUGACCAAGCAGAUUAUAGUGUAUUUACUCAGCAGCCCCCAGAGGAGGAAAAGGAUUCAAAACCUUUUGAUGACAUGGAACAGAGCUUACUUAUUCUCUCUGAAACCAAGGCUUCUCUGCUGAGUACUAUGAGCCUCUGGAAACAGCAGGUUUAUACAAUAGCAAAGUUUCAUUUUCUUAACUUGAAACAUGAAAGUAAAUCAGUGAGAUCAGUGUUGCUUCUGCUUUUCAUUUUUAUUGUAGUUCAGAUUUUUAUGUUUUUGGUCCAUCACUCUUUUAAAAAUGCUGUGGUUCCCAUCAAACUUGUUCCUGACUUAUAUUUCCUAAAGCCUGGAGAUAAACCACAUAAAUACAAAACAAGUCUGCUUCUUCACAAUUCUACUGACUCAGAUAUCAGUGAUUUUGUUAGCUUUUUCAUGAACCGAAACAUAUUGGUGAUGAUGUUUAAUGACAGUGACUAUGUAUCUGCUGCUCCCCAUAGUGCAGCUUUAAAUGUGAUGCCUUCAGAAAAGGACUAUGUUUUUGCAGCUGUUUUCAACAGUACUAUGGUUUAUUCUUUACCUGUGUUGAUGAAUAUCAUUAGUAACUACUAUCUUUAUCAUUUAAACGUGACUGAAAGCAUCCAGAUCUGGAAUACCCCAUUCUUUCACGAAGUUACUGACAUAGUUUUUAGAAUUGAACUGUAUUUUCAAGCAGCUUUGCUUGGAAUCAUUGUCACUGCAAUGCCACCUUACUUUGCCAUGGAAAAUGCAGAGAAUCAUAAGAUCAAAGCUUAUACUCAACUUAGACUUUCAGGUCUUUUUCCAUCUGCGUAUUGGAUUGGACAAGCUAUUAUUGAUAUUCCCUUAUUUUAUAUUGUUCUUCUUUUGAUGCUAGGAAGCCUAUUUGCAUUUCAUUAUGGAUUAAAUUUUUAUUCUGUAAAGUUACUUUCUGUGGUUUUUUGCCUUAUUGGUUAUGUUCCAUCAGUUAUUUUUUUUACCUAUGUUGCUUCUUUCACUUUUAAAAAAGUUUUAAAUACCAAAGAAUUUUGGUCAUUUAUCUAUUCUGUGACAGCUUUGGCUUGUAUUGCAGUCACCGAGAUAACUUACUUUAUGGGAUACGUGGUUUCAGCUAUUCUUCAUUACACCUUUUGCAUGGCCAUUCCGAUCUAUCCACUUCUAGGUUGCCUGAUUUGUUUCAUAAAGAUUUCUUGGAAGAAUAUACAAAGAAGUGAGGACACCUAUGAUCCAUGGGAUAGGCUUUUGAUGGCUGUUAUAGCGCCCUAUUUGCAGUGUGUACUGUGGAUUUUCCUCUUACAAUACUAUGAGAAAAAAUAUGGAGGCAGAGCAUUAAGAAAGGAUCCCUUUUUCAGGGCCCUUUCAGCAAAGUCCAAAAAUAGGAAGUUUCCAGAACCACCAAACAAUGAAGAUGAAGAUGCAGAUGUCAAAGCUGAAAGACUAAAGGUCAAAGAGCUGAUGAAUUGCCAGUGUUGUGAGGAGAAACCAGCUAUUAUGGUCAACAAUUUGCAUAAAGAAUAUGAUGACAAGAAAGAUUUUCUUCUUACAAGAAAAGUAAAAAAAGUGGCCGCUAAAUAUGUCUCUUUCUGUGUGAAAAAAGGAGAAAUACUAGGACUGUUGGGUCCAAAUGGCGCAGGCAAAACCACAAUUAUUAAUAUUCUGGUUGGUGAUACUGAACCAACUUCAGGCCAGGUAUUUCUAGGAGAUUAUUCUUCAGACCUAACUGAAGAUAAUGAUUCCAUUAAGUGUAUGGGAUAUUGUCCUCAGAUGAACCCACUGUGGCCAGAUAUUACAUUGCAGGAACAUUUUGAAAUUUAUGGAGCUGUGAAAGGAAUGAGUGCAAGUGACAUGAAAGAAGUCAUAAACCGAAUCACAAAUGCACUUGAUUUAAAAGAACAUCUUCAGAAAACUAUAAAGAAACUACCUGCAGGAAUCAAACGAAAGUUGUGUUUUGCUCUAAGUAUGCUGGGAAAUCCUCAGAUUACUCUGUUAGAUGAACCAUCUACAGGUAUGGAUCCUAAAGCCAAACAGCACAUGUGGCGAGCAAUUCGAACUGCAUUUAAAAACAAAAAGCGAGCUGCUAUUCUGACCACUCACUAUAUGGAAGAGGCAGAGGCUGUCUGUGACCGAGUAGCUAUCAUGGUGUCUGGGCAGUUAAGAUGUAUUGGGACAGUACAACAUCUAAAGAGUAAAUUUGGGAAAGGCUACUUUUUGGAAAUUAAAUUGAACGACUGGAUAGAAAACCUAGAAGUAGACCGUCUUCAAAGAGAAAUUCAAUAUAUUUUCCCAAAUGCAAGCCGUCAGGAAAGUUUUUCUUCUAUUUUGGCUUUUAAAAUUCCUAAGGAAGAUGUUCAGUCCCUUUCACAGUCUUUUUCUAAGCUGGAAGAAGCUAAACACACUUUUGCCAUUGAAGAAUACAGCUUUUCUCAAGCAACUUUGGAACAGGUUUUUGUAGAACUAACCAAGGAACAGCAAGAAGAUAUUUGUGGAACUUUAAAUAGCACACUUUGGUGGGAAAGAACACAGGAAGACAGAGUAAUAUUUUGAACUUGUUUUCCUCAACUCUGCUUAUUGAACUAACUUAUUUUCUGUCUUUAUUUUAACUUUGAUUUUAAAAGUUUAUUUGACUGGUGACUAGAGAACCAUGAAAGCAUUCAGGAUAAAUAAAAUGCUCAUUUCACUAAAUUUGCUAAGCACCUUAAUUGAAAUGCUGUGAUUGUAUGAUUUGCUGUUCUUCAAAUAAAGCUUAUAUAUAAUUAAUUAAACCUGCAUGUUUGUUUCUGAAAUAUAUUGAAAUGUAGUCCAUAUGUCAAUAUGGGUACUUACUUUUUCAUCUUUCAAAAAUAAUGCUUCCGAAUUUAUAAUUUAGAGGAAUAGUGAUGGAAUAAUUUUAUUUUGGACAGUUAUUUAUGUUUUUAAAAAUUUUGUACCAUCUUGUCACAUAAGUAUAUGUAAUGUACAAUCUGAAUAGAAACAUGAUAUUUAGGUAAUACAUGUAAAAGAGACAUAAAGCGAUAUGAAAGUUUCUUCCUUCUUUGUAAUUGCUAAGAAAAAUUUUGAAUGGAAGUUAGCAUCCUAAAAACCUAAAACAUAAACACUAUAAUCUCCAAGCAAAUAGGGGUUUGCGGGAAGUAAAUACCCACUAGGUGGCACUCAUCAAUCAUAGUAAAUGAAAUGAGACCUUGUUCUAUUGGAUGAUCUUAAAUAUAGGUAACUCAGGUAUUUGAAGUUACAUUUCUUUGGCUUAUAGUAAAAUUCAUAAAUGUUUUAAUUAUUAUAAUUAAAAGAAGACGAUGUCUAGAAUUUUGCAUAACAGUCGGAUUCUUUGACUCUGUUGCUCAAAUGGCAGACAUCUGUAGAGGUGAAAGAAUUAAACCAUAGCUCCUCUCCCAUCCUUCAUGGAACAUAUAGAUUUUUUUUGUCAUUUCCAUUCCAAGGGAACAUUUUAUUUUAUUCUUUGAAUAAGAUAAUUUGUUGGGUGAUUGUUUUUAUUGGUCAAUAUUAUUAUUUAACUAUCCCUUUCCUCUACAGAAUUUUAAGUAUUAUCAGUGCAUAAAUUUGCUGAGAAAUUCACCUCAGAUUCACUGUGGAAUAUGGUGGGAUAUAAAUAAACAAGCUCUUUUGGGGUUAAAUUAAGACUUAUAAGUAAAAUGUGCUUAAUUCUCUUUAAUAAGAAACCGUAAUUUCACCCUAUGACAGAGUUGAAGUAAGGUUAUUAUUCAUGUAAUCUUAGAUAUACUUCCUUGUAGAAUCCAUGUAUAGACUAUAGGUAUAAUAUAGUAUAAAUAAUAAUUGUAUAAAUUAUAUUUCAAUUGAAUGAAAGUUUGAACUUGCAAAAGCAAAAAUAAUAGAAGUGUGAUUAUCAUAAUACAAAGAGUCUUCAAGAACAACAGCAGCAGCAGCAACAAAGGGAUUUUGCACUGAGUUACUUUGACCCUGUAAUGAAGUUACUCAUUAUGUAAUAUAGAUAUAGCUUAAUCAACUUUUAGCUCUAUUGUGAAAUAAAGAAAAUGUUUGUGAUUGUAGGCUCUAACAACUGAUUUUAAAUAUUGUUCCUUUCUCCACCUAAGUACAAAACACAUGAUUGGCAUCUUCCCCCAUUGCUUUGGCAAUUACUGUACACAUUCCAAAAGACAUCUACUUUACCAGCUAUCUCAGAGGUCUUCUAACUAAUCUAAGAAACUUAGAAGUUUCUGCUUGUAUUUUACAACCCAAUGCUAAGUUUUUUCUGCUUGUAAGAUUUAGCUGGUAUUAGUUUUUCAUCUUUUAUUUAUCACUGACAGCUAGUUGCCUCAUGACACCAGACUUUAAUUUUGGAUUCUGUACCUGAGAAUCUCUCUUUUUACUUUUUUAGCCAAGGACUACUGCAUAAUGAAUACAAUUCAAGACACAUUUGAAAGCAAAUCAUUACCUUUGUAGAUAAAUUAAUAAAUAGCACAUUCUAUUUUCUAAGGAAAUCAUUGCUGAAUGGUGCUGUAAAUUUAAAGAGUAUCUUAGUAUUUAAUAGUCAUCGAAAUACCUGGGAACCUCUCUUUGGAGAUACAUAACUAGGUAUAACCUUGAACACUAAGCUGAGUAAAAGAAACAAACUAUUGAUAGUUUACUAGGGCAGACACUGAAAAAGGUAGUUUUUUAGAACUUGAUGAUACUAAAAGAGAUGUUUUAUUUUCAAAAAAGAGCAUGACUAACACAGAACAUUACCAGCUUUUGCACAUAGAUUUAGUCACUAUCACUUUACAUUGGUGAAUCUGUGCUCAACAUAAAUUAAAUUUUUUUUCUGCACAGUGAAAGUUAAGAUUAUGCUGACUAACCAUAAUCAUGUUUUUACUAUUGUAUUCAUUCAAUUACUUUAUUAUUAUUGAAUAUGAAUACAUGUGCUCUUUUUAACAUGAUUUUAAAAGGACAUUUGAAUUCAUUUUUUUUAGUUUUUACAUACUUAGGGUGAACAUAUUUUGGUCAUGAAUUAAAUUUUUUGUAGGAAUGUUCUCUUUCAUUUCUCAUAGUAAUGAAAUCUUUCCUAUUUAGAAGAAGUAUAAUUUAACUAAUACUUAGGAAAGCAAGGGGAAGUGAGGAGGGAGGAAAAGAAAAGACAAAGUCAAAUCUGAAAUUUGUCUUUAUUAACAGUCUGUGUUCUUGUUUUUGCACAUAUAUUACUUUCUUUUAAAAUGUCUUGAAUUGCAGAUCUCAAAACUCUUUUUCUGUACUAAAACAAAUAAUUAUAAAUAUAUAUAUUAGGCAAAAGUUGAAAAAAAAAAGAUUCAUCUAGCUUAUAUUUUCCAUCCAUGAUCACAUCUUAAAAGUAGAG